GCGAUUGAGAAACACCCAAUGUUAUGAAUGAGCGAGCUGCCUGUGGCAAGAUGGCCGCCAUGUGGCAACCUCGGUCUCCAUUGGCCAGCAGCGCGGGAACGAGCCUGAGAAUGGAAAACGAGGCAAUGCAAGAAAGAGGAAACCCCAGAGUGAGCAGACUUGCCCCAAUAAAAAGAAGCAAUUUCACCAAGCCCAGACAACCAGAGGCAAUAAUGCAUCAUCCUUCAGAGGCGGAGGCGUCAAGGCCAUGCACCACCAUAUGCAAAACAUUCAGAGUGAACACACAAUCAUCAAGGGUCAGAACUACAGAACUAAAAAUAACCAUAAUGGGACCCAGCAGCAGCAGCAGCAGAACCCGGAGAGGCAGAUAAAUCAGCAUCAGCAGAGGGACAGAUGGACCCCUGCUAACAGAGGUGGGGGCCAUCAGUCUAGACCUGCCUGGGGAAGAGGUAGAGGAGACCGUAAAUCUAAAAGCACCAAGCAGGAGGUCCAAGUGCAACGUCCGAGGUUCAUGACUGAGGAGUUCAAGGACCAGAAUGCUUUGCUGGUGAACGGGCGCUUAGUUUGUCGACAUUUCCUCCAAGGAAGGUGCAUCAAGGAGGACACCUGUCAGCUGGAACACAUUAAGGGUUACAAUGAUCUCGUCAAAGAAGCGUGCAAAUUCUACAUUAUAGGAUUCUGCCAAAAAGGAGAGAGCUGCCCAUACAUGCAUGAGUCCUUCCCCUGCAAGUUCUUCCACAGAAGAGGACAAUGUUCUAAAGGAGCAGACUGCAAGUUCUCCCAUGAGCCUCUUAAUGACAUCACAACCAAACUGUUGGAUGAGGCAUUACAAAAGCAAAAGGGCCUCAUUGAACUAACAAAACAAUCUGAACAGGAUUCUUUGCGACCGCCAGAGAACACAGAUGAGUCAGAAAGGAUAGAAGCAGACAAGACCCCCGAUAUACCCCUGCAACCACUCAGGCCUGUCUUUUACAACAGCACAGAAGCCAAUACCGAGAAGGAAACCACGCUAUGUGCGACUGAAGCACUGGCUGAUGAGGCAACUGUUCCACCACGUGCACCAGAUGAUGCCCAACAUCAACCCCCCCAGUCAAGUCAUCUUAAUCCUGUGGAACCAGUCUGUUAUUCAGUGGAAGCCGUUCUUGGACCUCAAUUGUUCAAACCUUUCCCUCGCCUCUUUACAACUCCUGGAUGUGAAGAAUUUGGCACUUCAGGCUCUGCAAACCCAAAGGAAGUUCCUUACUCUGUGAAUGCUAUUCUCAGGUCCUUUAAAUCAACCCUUCCUAUUGUACAAACUGUAUCCUACACCCCAAAAACCGAAGGUGAUGAGAUCGCUUAUCCUCUGCUAAACUCAGAAACUCCAAAUAAGAAGGUCUUGUAUUCAGAAAAUACAAGAAAUGAAUUGAACAAAUCUGAAAUGCUCAAGAGCCUCAAAGUGCACACUGGCCUGGUUUCCAAGACCUGCCCUAGUCUUACUCCGGCCUACAGGGACUACACGAAGCAAAGUGACUUUCGGCAAGAAUCUCUGAAACCUGCUCCCAGAACUGCUCAUGAAGUCAAGUUGGGCUUGCUGCAUACUUCUGUCACUGUGGCGAAGAAGUCCUCCGAAAACAAAGAUGUGAGAGGGAGCAUGCACCUGCAUGCCGAUAUGACAAGCUCCAUUAACUGUAAGAGUGAAGGUGGAAGCACUACUUACAGAAGCAUUUUGCCAAGACCCCCUAAUAAGACUACUCCCAAACAGCCUACGCAGUUGAGGCCAAAUAUCUCUGUUCUAACGGUUGACCCACAAGCCUCAGUAAAGCCUUCUCCCUAUUCAAGCUUCACCAAAUUUAAAGGUGGAGCUGCUGCUGCUACAGUACAACCUAUCACCGGCUCCAUUAAUACAACUGAUCCUACAAACUCUGUCAGUCGUCAUUCUGUAGCCAAACAACCCACUGAGAUGCCCCCGCCCUUCAAAAACACACAGUCUGGCCUCAAACGUGGCACGCAGGAGCAUCGUUCAACUAAAAUCACAGCCGAGUGCAGCAGUAAAAUGACACAUAGCACUGAUUUGGACGUUGGAUAUAAAAAGACCCUGAGAAGACCCUUUCAUAGCCUUUUCACAAGCCCAAUCACUGACACUCUGCAGCACAUAGACGAUUCUGUAAGAACAUCCUCUUGUCCUCCAUCUUCCCCCCCAGAGUCUGCAGAUCGCACAAGUGAUCAUGUUAAAAGUGCGCUUGAGACGGAAAAAGCCUCUGCCAGGUCCUUCCUCAGCCUGUUUGCUGCCCCCCUCAGUGCUGCUCCUAACCCAUGCAUGCAGCCUCAGACAGAGGAUUUAAAGACUUCCUCUGGUCCGCAACAGUCAAUUAAUAAUGAAACGAACUCCAAAGAAAGCACUUCUAAAUUAGAGAAACAUCUGCCACACCAGGUUAUAAAUGCUCUCAAAGAACUCGCUCAUGUUCCAAGAUCACCCAAUUUGUCACCUAAUCCUAAAUUAGAAAAUAAAGACAGUUCCUUGGCUCAUGUUGAUCAGCCUAUGAAGGAGAAGCUGGUUCCUGUCCGUGGCGUUGUGUCUGAUUCAACCCAUGCUCAUCAGCAGCUGCCUGACAUCUCAUCCCACAAAGGAUCUGCUGUAGCAUCCACUACAAAUUCCGUUCUUAAGAAUCUCUUUCUUAGCCUGAGCCCGUACCAACAGGAUGCAGAGCAACAGGGAGAGUGAAAAGAUGGAUAAAACGGUCAAGGGGUGUGUCUUUGUGAAGCAACUGUUAUGGAAAAAGAAGGUAGACAUUUGAAUGUAAGUACUGUAUGGGGAAU